AUGAUUUCGGACCCACAGGAUGCCCUCGACAAAGCCCGCGCCAUCGCCGGGGCACACUCCUCUCUGCUCAGCGAGCUCUUCGACGACUCGUCCGACUCCGAUUGGUCCGACGAUGACAUCCACCUUCUGAAUGCCUGCUCUACCAAUGCCCAACUCCGGCCACCCUCAAUACGCACAUCGACCAGCGCCGGGGCUGCCUCGAACAUGCCGGCCGCCGGGCCAACCAGCCACCCUGGCGCCCGGGGGGCCGGCGGUCCCCACCCCGCCUCCAAAGCAUCUACCACUCGGUCAGGCGCAGGCGCAGGCGCAGGCGCAGGCGCGGGCGCGGGCGCAGGCGCCACCUCGGUCGGUGCCGGUGCCGGUGCCGGUGCCGGUGCCGGCGCCAGUGCCGCCGAGACCCCCGGUAGCGCCCACCCCAAUACCGACGCCGAGUUCUUCUCCGCCAACAGCGACGACGAUUCGGACGCCGGCGCCGAGGACACCGCCCGCGGCCCCGGGCCCGGCUUCGUCCCCGGCGUCGGCAUUGAUGAUGAGAUUCUCCAAGAUGACGUGCGUUUUCGUGCAGAGGCGGCCAGCUAUGCCCGCCGGGCCAAUGCCUCUCGUCUGAUGUUCGCUGGCAUGGGAGACCUGUCACAGGAGGGUGUUCCGAUCAACUUAAGCGAGUACCCCGAGGACGAGUGGAUGACGGAGGACUUCGGUCAGGAUCGCCUUUCGCCAGCGCACCAGCGCCCCCCACCCCCAGGCGCCCAGUUCCGCAUCGCCUCCCCGGACGCCGACAUUGACAGCCUCAUUGAGGCCAUACACCAGGCCUGUCUCUAGCAGCGGGUGCGCACCGAUUGGACCCGACGCCGUGCGGCGCCCCCCCCCCC